UCCAACCCGGCCCGGCCCGAACCCCAGCAUCCUCUAAACAUCUGGUCAGACCCGGCCCGGCCCGGUCCCGUCGGCCUCGGGUCGGGUAUCCAUCCUCUAACACACACACAGACACAGAGACAUCGGUCCUGGUCCUGGGUCUCAGGAACAUGGGGGGCUCCUCUGAUCCUGUGUCUCUGUGUGUAGUCUCCUGGUCCUGGGUCUCAGGAACAUGGGGGGCUCCUCUGUCCUGUGUCUCUGUGUGUAGUCUCCUUGUCCGGGUCUCAGGAACAUGGGGGGCUCCUCUGAUCCUGUGUCUCUGUGUGUAGUCUCCUGGUCCUGGGUCUCAGGAACAUGGGGGGCUCCUCUGAUCCUGUGUCUCUGUGUGUAGUCUCCUGGUCCUGGGUCUCAGGAACAUGGGGGGCUCCUCUGAUCCUGUGUCUCUGUGUGUAGUCUCCUGGUCCUGGGUCUCAGGAACAUGGGGGGCUCCUCUGAUCCUGUGUCUCUGUGUGUAGUCUUCUGAUCCUGUGUCUCUGUGUGUAGUCUCCUGGUCCUGGGUCUCAAACAUGGGGGCUCCUCUGAUCCUGUGUCUCUGUGUAGUCUCCUGGUCCUGGGUCUCAGGAACAUGGGGGGCUCCUCUGAUCCUGUGUCUCUGUGUGUAGUCUUCUGAUCCUGUGUCUCUGUGUGUAGUCUCCUGGUCCUGGGUCUCAGGAACAUGGGGGGCUCCUCUGAUCCUGUGUCUCUGUGUGUAGUCUCCUGGUCCUGGGUCUCAGGAACAUGGGGGGCUCCUCUGAUCCGACCAAGCUGGUGUCCCAGUUCUUGUUGAGGAAGACCCUGGUCCAGGUCCGGAGGAGGAUCCUGCAGUGCUGCCGGCCCGGCGUCCCCGACAACAUCGUCAAGGCCUUCAGGUACCAGCGUGUCCUGUGGCCGAUGAGACCGGUCUGCAGACGGGUCGACCCGGACCAGCAGCGCCCCCCAGUGGAGAGGGAGGAGGACGCCAUGCCCCCCUGGCUGCUGAGGAGUCUUCCUGUGAUCUACUCUACGAUCGGAGACUCCAGCGGCCCCCCCAGCCAGGCCCCGCCCCCCCGCCGCAGUCACAUGACCUACAGCUUCCCCCCCGGCACCAGGUACCCCCCCCGCCUCCCCAAGCAGCUCCACUUCAGACGAAUCGGCUUCCUGCUGCUGCAGAAGCCCCGCCCCCCUCCGCCUCCCGCCUUGGCCGUCUCCAUGACGACCAGAGAGCGAAUCAGAAGCCACUACCAGACGCUCGUUGGCCUGAGGAAGAAGAGAAGAAGAGUAAGGGAUGAUGUCAUCGGGACGGAGGAGAGCGAUGAUGUCAUCAGGACGGAGGAGAGCGAUGAUGUCAUCAGGACGGAGGAGAGCGAUGAUGUCAUCAGGACGGAGGAGAGCGAUGAUGUCAUCAGGACGGAGGAGAGCGAUGAUGUCAUCAGGACGGAGGAGAGCGAUGAUGUCAUCAGGACGGAGGAGAGCGAUGAUGUCAUGCGUCUGGUUCUCUCUGAAUCGUCGCCGAGCUCGGCAGGAAGUGUUGCCCCCGACGACUCCGAGGAGGCGGAGUCGGAGAAGGAGCAGGAAGUGACAGCAGAUAAAGAAGAAGAAGAAGAAGAGUCGGUCCUCCGGGUGCAGGAAUCAUCAGAUUAUGAAGAGGAGGCCCAGGAUUAUCUGCUCCGAGUGUGUGAUGCGGUGCAGGUGUCCCCGGGCGUCUCUGAGGAGCUGCUCCAGAUCCUGGACCAGGUCUCUCUGGACCAGGUCUCUGGCAGUGCUGCGGCGGAGCGUCUGUACGCCGCGCUGCGCCGCCUGCUGCAGCCGUGGCCGCAGCUGCUGCGAGACUUCGCCGCGUUCCUGAACCGGCAGCAGGCCCGGCGCUGCGGGCUGCUGACGGAGCAGCAGCAGUUUGAACACAGCCGGCGGUUUCUACGGCGACUGGGGCGGAGCCUGGGAGGAGGCUCCGCCCUCUACCAACAGGUGGUGCUGGCGCUGCAACGAGGAUCCGCCCCCCCACCCGAGGAACUGCACCAGAUCUCGUCUCUGCUCAGACGCCACUCGGACCUGCACAAGGAAUUCUGGGAGUUCAUCCAGCAGCUUCACGGCGGGCCGUCACCCUCGGAGACCAACCCCCCAGAGACGGACUACGAGUCCCAGAAUCCCCCUGGCGGGACGAGCGGACAGGAAGUUACGGCGAGAGAGAGGAAGAGGCGGAGUCAGAGCGGCCGCUCGGCGCCAAAAACAUCUCGAUGACAUCAUCGGGAGAGAAAGUGGUCGUCUGGACA